AUGGUGCUGCUCAAGGAGUAUCGAGUCAUCCUACCUGUGUCUGUAGAAGAGUAUCAAGUAGGGCAGCUGUACUCUGUGGCUGAGGCCAGCAAAAAUGAAACGGGUGGUGGUGAAGGUGUGGAGGUCCUGGUGAAUGAGCCCUAUGAAAAGGACGGCGAGAAAGGCCAGUACACGCACAAGAUCUACCACUUACAGAGCAAAGUGCCCACAUUUGUUCGAAUGCUGGCCCCGGAGGGAGCCCUGAAUAUACAUGAAAAAGCGUGGAAUGCCUACCCUUAUUGCAGAACAGUUAUUACAAAUGAAUACAUGAAAGAAGACUUUCUGAUUAAAAUUGAAACCUGGCACAAACCAGAUCUUGGCACCCAGGAGAAUGUGCAUAAACUGGAGCCUGAGGCCUGGAAACAUGUGGAAGCUAUAUAUAUAGACAUUGCAGAUCGAAGCCAAGUACUUAGCAAGGAUUACAAGGCAGAGGAAGACCCAGCAAAAUUUAAGUCUAUCAAAACAGGCCGAGGACCCUUGGGUCCCAAUUGGAAGCAAGAACUUGUAAAUCAGAAAGACUGCCCAUACAUGUGUGCAUACAAACUGGUUACUGUCAAGUUCAAGUGGUGGGGCCUGCAGAACAAAGUGGAAAACUUUAUACAUAAGCAAGAGAAGCGUCUGUUUACAAACUUCCACAGGCAGCUGUUCUGUUGGCUUGAUAAGUGGGUUGACCUGACUAUGGAUGACAUUCGAAGGAUGGAAGAAGAGACGAAGAGACAGCUGGAUGAGAUGAGACAGAAGGACCCAGUGAAAGGAAUGACAGCGGAUGACUAAAGCCACUCCUCCCCCUUCUGCACUUUUUGCAAGACAGUGGUCAACAGGAAGGCCCAGCAGCUCCACCCUCCUGAGUGACAGGCCAUCUUCGGACGCAGCCUUUCUGUGCCCAUUCUUCAGGCAACUUUGAUCCCUUACUGUAGUUAAUUCUAGAUGCCCUUUAACAUUGUGAACAAAUAGACUGUCUGGUAUUACGAAGCCCGUGUGUGCGGGAGCCUGCCCCUCUGAGAUAUGUGGCGUGUAGGUGGCUGUAUUUACAGCUCCUCCCUCUCCAACCAUUGUGUUCUUGACCCAUUUCUGUGUGCCCCCGCCCCCUUUAUUUCUAAGUGACAUUUUUAGUCUUUCAAAAUAGCUGCCUUUUGUGAUGUGGUGAUUUUAAAUGAUUUACUUUGUUAGUUUUCAACCUUGGGAUAAACUUGAGGUAUUUUGCUUCCUGGGCAGAUCUUUGCAAUUUUGAGUGCUCACCUGGGGAGAAGGGAUGAGUUAGAAAUACAUAUUUUUUUCCCUUCCAGUUCCACAGAACAGCAAUGUGGCUUCAUAACUCUGACCUCUGCUCCCAGUAACCCACCGUUAGAGUGCUCUAGGCACCAUGGAAGUACCCAAGGCCCAGCCAGCCUGUUUUGAAAAUUAAACAAAUACAAAUAACCCCUGCCCCAGGCAUUGCAUCUCUGGUCACUAGUCUUAGAAAUACCUAUGGUUUCUUGGCCCUCCUGUUGCCCACUGUGUAUCUCCGCAGAGCCCGUAAUGUGCCCGGGUCAACUCUACCUGGAGGGAACUGUCCCGUGUGGCCCUUAGAAUUGAGUCUGCCCCAUACCUACCUACUAGUCUGCCCCCCGAGGAGCUCUGUAUGUCCACGCUCCUCUUUCCUUUUGGGCUGGUGCUGCCACUCAGCAAUAAUCCCCUUUUCUCUGUGCUUUCUUAGAUUCCUGUCCUCUGAGGCUGGUCAGGACGCAAUGGGUCUUGAUCUUUUCAUGCUGCACAAAACAAGCAUGCAAAAAGCUUCUUCCCAGAACAUGUUCCCCCACGUCUCCAGUUGCUGGAAAGGAAUUUGGGGAUCAAGAACUCAGCUUGUCCUGCCCCCAUGCUGAGUUCUGCCCUGGACAAUCAAAAGCAAGUAGCGAUCAUAGUACGGAGCUCUCCCAAAGCUGGCUGGUGAGAAAGUCCAGGCUCCGGGGAACAGAAGCUGCCGAGUGCUUCACGGUUCCCUGUGACUUGGCAGAGCCCGAGUAUGCCUUCCCAGUGGGAGAAUCUGAGAUAGCUGUGGUGUCACCUGACAUUUCCCAAACCUUGUGAAGUUUGUUGGCCGAGUGUGCAGUGACUCAAGCCCAUGCUAGCCUGGGUGCAACUGCUAAUGCGAGACCAAAUCUCUGUUUGGGGAGUGAGAAGUAGGAUGGGAUGAUAUGUCCUUAGGUUUUUGUCAGUUUGUUUUGCCUUACUCAUUUCUAAGUGCAAUAAGGGAGUGUCACACAGGAUGAAACCUGUGACUUCCUGAUGGCUGCUUUCCUGUGGCCCUCCUGGGGUAAGGGUGGACAGACUCAGCGUGGUUAGCUCCCACCUUCACUGAGGCCACCUCUGGGGCCGGGAGAUAUCCUGUCACAGUCUCCUCACCUUGUGGGGUCUAUAGUAGUGGAUCUGGGGCAAUUCAGUUGGUUAUUAGCAUCCCAACUGCUGGUAGCAUUUAUUUGACUGGGAAAGUUGAAUAGACAUUCCUACUGGAGAAAAAUAUAAAUGUUUUCCUACAAGCUCUGUAUUAGCUAUAAUUAUAUUUGUGCUUAAAGCUUUUUCCCUUCUUAACAUUCAUCAACUAAGUUAAGUCCAGAUGUGGGUUAGCCUGGGAGAAACAAACGGUGAUAUUCUAGGCAGACUAUUGUUUAUGUGGUUUGAGGGUCAGCAGUUGUCAGUCUCCUCCCUUCAGCUCUUCUCUGAGAUCCACACGUAUCACUCCAAUUCUAGGGGCGGGGCUCGCUCCUUGUCGGCCUUUUCUCUGGCUCCUCCCACCUCCACCUGUUGCCCCAGUUCAGCUUCCACAAGAGCUGAACUGGUGUUUCCCGAGGUCAGCUGGAUUUGGGGCUCCAGCCCACAUCAACAUAAGAAGGGACGUGCCUGGUCUGUUCCGUCCCCAUGGAUAGUGUCGCUGCUGGGCAGCAGUGUUGGCUUCUUUUAAGUAUCCCCCUUCCCUCCUUACCCACCCCCCAAACUGACUAGCACUCAGAGGGGCUUAUGAUGCAAGGCUCAGCUCCUGGGGUAGUACCUUAGGAUGUGCCACGCCCCUUCAGACCAGCUGCUUUCAGGGCCGCUGUCCCAGUUGGAAGCAGCAGUGCCUCUAUAGGAGGGGUGCUGGGCUCUGGCCUUCUCAUGGAGAGAGGUUGGGGACAGGGUCAGUAUUGUGGACAUGUGUAUAUCUUCCCAAAUUCUCUUACAGUCCCUGCUGGGACUCCCUGACAUAUUUUGGUUGGUUCCUAGUGCUACUUCUUUUACAAAAUACACUUUGUAGAACUGAUUAGAUUACCUUGUUUAUUUAAUGUGAGUUUGUGCCUUUUUGUCUCAAUCUUCCAAUAUGGGUUAUAUUGGGGGAAAAAGCAGUCUAAUAAAAUCCUAGACAGAG